ACACUACUUGAUUCUAGUCCUGGCUUGGCUACUGCCGUUGAUCAGAAUAUUAAAGAGAAGGAAACUGCUAAUGCUUCGUCGCCAAGACUAGUUAGCAGUGUAGAUCUUGCUGCUGAAAAAAGAAGAGAUGACUCACUUGGAAAGAAGCUUGAAAGCGGAACGGAGAAUGGUAAGCAUGUCAAAGAGAAAGCACCAGAGAGUUUCCACGAGCCCAUUCUGGUGAGCACGAAAGACGUAAAGUCAAAUGACAAACCCGUGGAGACGAAUCAAGUCGCUCUUAUUGUGGGGAGUGAAUCUUCCAUGGAAGACGGCUUUUUUCAGAAGCUAAAAAGACUAUGGUAUGGUUCAUCUGAGAUGAAAUCAGAGCAUCUCCUAGAAGAUAAAAGUGUUUCUGGAAGUGGAAACAAAGACAAAGGGGAUAAGGACUUAAAGUCAUCAAGUCAGGGAACUGAUUCCAUGUCUGAAAGCUCACAUCCUUUCGUUGCUGAGUCCGUGGAGGAGGUAAAACUAGGAACUAAUGAAGUAGGCAGUAAAGAUAAAGAUGCAAGUCCAGGCUUUUUUGGUCGCCUUUUCAAGAGUUUCAAGUUUUGGGGAGAGAGCCCGGUGUCUAGCAAAGAUUUUACUGGGAAUCAGGAGCUGGUCACUGCUGAGUCUCAAGUACACGACAUGUUUGCGAAAGAGUCUUUUUGGAGUGAUGUCGAAUCUUUCAUUAAUUCUCCAAGAGGCUUUGCUAUAGUAUCU